AUGUGGAAUUCCCUCCUACACAAGAUCUGGGGGCAGGAAACAGUGCCAGAAGACUGGAAGAAAGGACACUUUGUAAAGCUGCCGAAAAAAGGAGAUCUCUCAUCAUGCAACUACUGGAGGGGCAUUAUGCUAUUAUUCAUUCCAGGGAAGGUACUAGCCGGGAUCAUGUUGGAGAGACUAAAGACUGCCCUCGACAAGACUCUGCGUGAAGAACAGGCAGGCUUUCGUCAAGACAGAUCCUGCACCGACCAUAUUGCCACAAUGAGAAUAAUCAUAGAGCAGUCUAUGGAGUGGCAGACACCCCUGUGUGCAGUCUUUGUUGAUUUCCAGAAAGCAGUUGUCAGGGAUGCCAUCUGGAAACUCAUACAUCACUACGGCUUCCCAUGCAAAUUUGUCUCCAUUAUCCAACAACUUUACGAAGAUGCCACAUGCCAUGACGUACAUGAUGAGAAGCUGACGGAACCUUUUUCUGUAGGAACCGCGUGUUCGUCAAGGCUGCUUACUCUCGCCGACAAUUUUCCUGAUAGUGAUCGAUUGGGUAAUGCGGCAAUCCACAGCAGGCCAGAAGACAUGAAUCCAGUAGACCUCCACUAA